GACUGGUCACCUGUCCCUCCGCGUCACCCUCUUGCCAAGGCCGCGAGUCUCGAGCAGGAGUCAGUGCUCACCAUGUCGGUUGCGCUCAACAACAGGUUCCAAGGAGGAAAGGCGUUUGGCUUGCUCAAAGCCCAGCAGGAGAGGAGACUGGCCGAGAUCAACCAAGAGUUUCUCUGUAACCAGAAGUGCGGUGAUGAAGAGAACCUGCAGGAACAGCUCGCGGCCUUCAAAGAGAUGUACAUGGAGUUUGACCUGAACAACGAAGGCGAGAUUGACCUCAUGUCUUUAAAGAGAAUGAUGGAGAAGCUUGGCGUCCCCAAGACCCACCUGGAGAUGAAGAAGAUGAUCUCAGAGGUGACGGGUGUGGUCAACGACACCAUUUCCUACCGAGACUUUGUGAAGAUGAUGCUGACGAAACGGCCAGCCGUCCUCAAGCUAGUCAUGAUGUUUGAAGGAAAAACCAAGGAGAGCAGCCCCAAGUCAACGGGCCCCCCUCCAGAGAGAGACAUUGCUAGCCUACCCUGA